AUGUUCCGCUCCACCCUCCUCCUGGCCACGGCCGCCUUCGCCGCUGUUGCCAGCGCCCAGAACUACUCCACUUCCGGCAACCUGUCCGUCGACACCAGCCAGAUCCCAUCGGCUCUGAAGUCUUCCUGGUGCCGUGCGCAGACCAACUCGUGCCCGCAGAUCUGCGGUGGCCGUGCGUCUCCAAACAACUGCGACUCGAACACCCUCACCUACCAGUGCGUCUGCACUGACGGCUCUUCCCCCAACAUCAGCGACUACGAUCAGACCAUCCCGUCCUUCGUCUGCCAGACGUGGGUUGGGAACUGCGUCGACGCUCACCCUAACGAUCUGGACGGUCAGACCGGUUGCCGGUCUGUGACUUGCGGCUCUAGGAACGCCAGCAGCAACCUCGCAGCCACCACCUCUUCCGCCGCCACCACCUCUGCCACCGCCUCGAGCAGCUCCUCUGCAGAGAGCACCUCCGCUAGUGGAACCCCCACCGGCUCCAGCGCAUCCACCACUGCCACGACCUCCAGCGCUGCCAUGGCUCUUCACGUCGCUGAACAGUACGGUACGGGCAUCAUUGCUGGCGGUCUUCUCGCCCUCUUCGGCCUUGUGCUAUAA